UAAUAAGCACUGACAGGCCGGAAUCCAUGGCCGACAGCAAGACGACCAAAGAUAAUGUAAACGGGUCGGCGGAGAGCGUAGAGGAGCUGGAGAAAAAGUACGGUCCGUACGUUAGGCACGAUUGCUACGGGGUUAUGGGACGCGGCGAGCUUCCUUGGACUGAGAAGGCUUUGCUGGCGAUCGCGCUGGUGGUUCUGCUGCCUCUGAGAGUGGCGGCGGCCACCACGUUCGUGGUGAUUUGCAACUUGUCGUGUCGGAUUGCUACGGCGUUUUGGUCUCCCGGCGGGGAGGACGAUGAUUAUGCGCAUUUGAGCGGUUGGAGACGGAGUAUCAUUAUGCGGGCCUCCAAGUUUGCUGGCAGAGCGUUGCUCUUUUCCUUCGGGUUUUAUCGGAUUCAUGAAACGCACCGGGAACAUUGUGUUACCCGUGCAAAUUCAAAUGACCAGGAGCAGAGUAAAGAAGGUGAAAGGGCUGGGGUGAUAGUGUCGAAUCAUAUAUCUUAUGUGGACAUCUUGUACCAUAUGUCUUCUUCUGCUGCCAGCUUCGUUGCCAAGGAAUCAGUGGCUAAUCUUCCUCUUGUCGGCCUCGUCAGCAAGUGCCUUGGGUGUAUCUAUGUCAAGCGAGAGGACAAGUCAUCGCAACUUAAAGGUGUAUCAGGGAUGGUAAACAAAAGAAUUCAGGAAGCUCACCAAAGCAAGUCUUCCCCAAUGAUGGUGCUUUUUCCAGAAGGCACAACUACAAAUGGAGACUUUCUCCUUCCAUUCAAGACUGGUGCAUUUUUGUCAAAAGCUCCAGUGCGUCCUGUCAUCAUACGAUAUACUUACCAGAGACUUAGCCCUGCCUGGGAUUCCAUAUCAGGGGCUAGGCAUUUGAUUCUUCUUCUCUGUCAAUUUGUAAAUAAUAUGGAAGUGAUCUGGUUACCAGUAUACUAUCCCUCACAACAAGAAAAGGAUGAUCCUAAACUUUAUGCAGAAAAUGUCCGAAAAUUUAUGGCUGAUGAGGGUUGUCUGAUUCUCUCGGACAUUGGAUUGGCUGAGAAACGGGAAUACCAUGCUGCUCUCAAUGGUAACAAAAGCACGCCUAGUGUUUAUCAUAAAAAAGACGAGUGAUAAAAACAUGGCUUCACCUUGAAAAGAUUGUGGCCGGAUCCUAGUUGCACUAGAACAUAUAAAACAACAAAGUAUACAUUUCGUAGUGUACUUAAGUGCAAUAAUAGUACCUUUCAGAUGAGAGUAUUAUGACACUGCUGUUAGAACUUAUUGCCAGUGUUUUGAGACAACAUUAAUCCAAACCCUUUCCUUUUCCUUA